CAAAACAAAUCGCAAAUGCUGAAGAAUCUGUAUUAUCGGCGUCUGUGUUAAAUUGUUUUAUUUUUGAUCUGAAAUAAAUCGUUAUUAAGGAAUUACCCGACUCUAUAUAUAAAGAUAAAGUGACGUAAAAUAUUUUAACUAGAAUGUCUUCCUUGCAAAAAAGUAUUAUGAAAAGCAAACUCCCUCCAAGAGUGCCACGAACCUCAGGCGUAUCAAAAUUGGCACCAUUUGGUGCAUCCCGUAAACGCGACUACACACCGGUAUCAUGGAAAAAGUUCUUCGAGAAGUGUGUGGAUCUCGAGACAGAUGGAGGCACGUUCAGAGUUUACCUUUCGCCAGAACCUGACCAUCCCCAGAGGCCGAGGAUAGUAACACUCCAUGGUGGUGGAUACUCGGGAUUGAGCUGGGCUACUUUCACAGAAGAAAUAACAAAUAUGGUACACUGUCAGGUUGUAUCAAUAGAUGUGAGAGGUCAUGGAGAGACGCAGGCCAAAAACCCUGAUGAUUUAAGCAUUGAAACUCUCAUCAAAGAUGUAGAGCAGGUCCUCCACAAAUUGUAUGGUGAGGAUGAGUUGCCCCCUCUAGUGUUAUUGGGGCACUCAAUGGGAGGGGCUAUCGCAGUGAGGGCUGCGCACUUGCCAGCGCUGGAGCCCUAUAUACAGGGUGUUGCAGUUAUAGAUGUUGUUGAGGGCACCGCUAUGGACGCGCUGGCAAGCAUGCAGAGCUUCCUGCGCGGCAGGCCCACGCACUUCAAGAGCAUUGAGCACGCGAUAGAGUGGUGCGUGAGGAGCGGCCAAGUGAGGAAUGUGGAGUCGGCCCGCGUGUCUAUGCCCAGUCAAAUUGUCAACUGCACCACAAACCAGCUGGCCAUUAACGAAGUGGAAUCUUAUGUGAGCGAAUCUGACGACGGCGAGACGCCAGCGACCCGCGGUGACGUCAUUCUCGAGGAGGGCGAGGGGGAGGGGGACGGC